AUGGCACCUAAAUUCAAACUUCUGAAAUCAUUCUAUGGCGCGACCCAGACUGCCCCAGACUUCUCCCAGCCCACGCUUGUGGCGGACGGCAAUGAUGAUGAGGCUUACCAGACCCCAUUUGCAAAACAAUACCAUCAAGAUGAAGACUAUUUUCCUUCAGAUAGUGUAAAUGUGUCACAGGAAACUCCGAUCGACCAAGAAACUGUGCCUUCUCUUCCUGGAACACUGACGAGCCCACAGAAACCCAAGGUUCCUACUUUGGAUCCCCUUAGUAGAGAUGGGCUCCGUGAAACCCUGGGUAGCAAGACUGAUUUCAAAGAUGAAGCCAAGGAUGAACCAACCCCUUUGCCUUCACCAAAAAAACCAACCUCACAGGGUGAUACGUUGUUGUAUCAAAAACAUCGUAGGAACCAAUCAUCUAUAAGUUUGAUGAAGACUUAUUCCAAUGUUCCUGAUUACCAAAUUGGAGAAUAUAAACAAUCGUCCGCACUACGAGGCAAACCACAGUAUCAUGUUAAGAUUGUGGUGGUGGGUGAUGGAGGUUGUGGUAAAACAUGUCUUUUAGUAUCAUAUUCCCAAGGUGAGUUUCCAACAGUCUACGUGCCAACAGUAUUUGAGAAUUAUGUGGCACAUGUGAAGACCCCUGAACAGGAUACAGUCGAAUUAGCACUCUGGGACACGGCUGGGCAAGAAGAAUUCGAUAGAUUAAGACCACUAUCAUAUCCAGAUGCCGAUGUAUUUUUAAUAUGUUACUCUAUGGAUAGCCCUGUUUCCUUGAAUAAUGUCAAACAGAGCUGGUAUCCUGAAGUGCAGCAUUUUUGUCCAGGAGUGCCAACGAUUCUUGUUGGAUUGAAGUCUGAUCUAUACCAAGAAAAAUCCACAGCUACAAAGAUUGAUCGAAAAAUGACAAAACAGGUUGCCAAAGAGAUUAAUGCAGUAGCCCAUAUAGAAUGCUCCUCAAAAACCAUGUUCAAUGUCAAAACAGUGUUUAAUGUUGCGUUGGAAACGGUAUUAAAGAAACUCAAACAACAACGAGUUUCUGAGAAGAGAUCCUCUGUUAUUGGUAAAAUUAGCAGCUCCGCUAACAAGAAGUCUGCAAUGACUUCCAAGAAGCUGGAGCCAAUUUUACAAUAUGGUGCUUCUGCGUACUACGACAAUCAGAAUGAGCCGGUGAAGACUAGAAAACGGAAAUGCGUAAUUUUAUAA